UUGCCCGUUUGAUCACACUCACAAGUUUGUUAAAACUGUCAUGUAUUUUUGUAAUGUCAAGCUAUUAGUCUGAUUACAAAGGGUUUUUGCAAAUAAUUUUGAAAUAAAAGCAUAGAAAUGGCUUCUGUAAAGGACGUAGCGUCUCUUUAUCAAAAUCUGAAAACAGAGUGGGCAAAGAAACCUCGCAAGCUUGACAAAUGCGGCGAGUUAUUGAACAAAAUAAAGGUAGCACUAACUCAUCUUACUUUCCUGCCUAGUAAUAAUACAGCGGCUAAUCAAAAGGAGUUGAUACUGGCUCGCGAUGUUUUGGAAAUUGGAGCACAGUGGGCCGUAGCCGCUAAAGACGUGAAAGCGUUUGAAAGAUACAUGUCUCAGUUGAAAUGUUACUAUUUUGAUUACAAAGAUCAUCUCCCAGAAUCAGCAUUUAUGUAUCAGUUACUGGGUUUAAAUCUACUUUUCCUAUUGUCACAAAAUCGAGUAGCCGAAUUCCAUACAGAACUUGAGCGUCUGCCAGUUGAUGUAAUCAGAGCAGAUCCCUAUGUGAGGCACCCAUUGGCUUUGGAACAGUAUCUCAUGGAGGGAAGCUACAAUAAGAUCUUUUUGGCAAAGGACAAUGUACCUGCUGAGAGCUACACCCUGUUCAUGGAUACGCUUCUCGAUACAGUCCGAGGAGAGAUAGCAGCUUGUAUUGAGAAAGCUUACUUGUGUAUAUCAAUUACGGAGGCAGCACGGCGACUGAACCUACCAUCUCAACAAGCUAUACUAGAGUAUGGAAGAAAGAGGAACUGGAUUCUCGGUGCUGACAAUUGUUAUCAUUUCAAUGCUUCUGAAGAAACUUGUGCGGCCGCCGCUGGUGUGUUCCCCUCGGCAGAGCUUGCAGAACAAACCAUUGAAUAUGCAAGACACCUUGAAAUGAUUGUGUAAAUGUAAUUUUAGUGCUUAAAUAUUGAAAUUUUACAAAUAAAAAUACCUAAAA